GGACGGCCGGCCAGCGCUUCCAAACCUAGCAAGCUUCCCAAACCAGCAGCAGGUUCGCCCUCCCUUCGGCCGUGGGCAAGGCUGGCAUUCAAUCUCUCACGCAUUUCCUCAUCACUUUCGUCUCCAAUUAAUAUAUAUACAGAAGCCCCUCUCUCUCUCAAGAGAAAGGCUGGCUAGUUCCUCGGCACUACACAAAGCGGCCGGCAGGGAUAGCUAGCUAGCCAUGGCGCCAGCAUUGCCUUGUAGGCCAAAGCUUCGGCUCCUGUGCGUAGCCUUGGCCUUCCUCCUGGCCGUCGAUAUAGGCAGGGCGGACAUCUACGAGGACAUCGAGAUCAUAUGGAGCGCCGACCAUACCUACUACUUCAUGGACGGCGAGAGCGAGGCGCUGGCGCUCUCGCUGGACUAUAACCGGGGCUCCGCCUUCAAGUCCAAGGAAAUGUACCAUUUCGUCCGCAUCGACAUCGACAUCAAGCUCAUCGAAGGCAACUCCGCCGGCACCGUCUGCACUGUCUACACCAUCUCGGAAGGGCCGUGGGAGGUUCACGACGAGAUCGACCUGGAAUUCCUGGGCAACUCCACCGGCGAGCCUUACACGCUCCACACCAACAUCUUCGCCAACGGCGUCGGCGGCCGGGAGCAGCAGUUCAAGCUCUGGUUCGACCCCAGCUCCGAGUACCACACCUACUCCAUCGUCUGGAACCCCAAGCGCAUCACGAUCGAGGUGGACGGCGUGACGGUCCGGACGUUCGACAACAACGAGGACCAGGGCGUGCCGUUCCCGUCGUACCAGCGGCAGCGCGUGUACGGGAGCCUGUGGAGCGCGGAGGACUGGGCGACGCAGGGCGGGCGCGUCAAGACGGACUGGUCGCUGGCGCCCUUCGUCUCCUACUACCGCAACUACAACGUCACCUGGUGCCAGCCGUCUCCCGGCGUGCUGUGGUGCGGCACCGAGCCCGCCGAGUCCACGCACUUCAACCUCUCCCCCAAGGCGCUGGCCGACCUGCAGUGGGUGCGCGACAACCACUACGUCAUCUACGACUACUGCCUCGACAGGAGCAACCGGUACAACGACGCAACCAGGCCCAAGGAGUGCUCGCUCCCGCCCCGCCCGUGAGGAUCCUUGGUUUGGGGCGCUGCUAUAUAUCGCUUUAAGCGAUCGCGCCAGCUCUCCCCGCUGGUCGUUUAUCUGUCCGGAUUUUUCACAAAGAUUUUUUUUUUCAAUUUCGGUUGCUUUCGUUUAAAUAUUUUAGAAAAUGUUAAUACAUUCAGAUAUGUUCCCGAAUAUAAUAAAAUGUUCAUGAAUUCAAAAAAUGUUCACGAAUUCAAAAAUGUUUCUGAAUUUGAAAAAUAAUGU